GGUGCAUUGUGGUCCGACACCUCUUGUGUCGUCGGUUGUUUGGGAUCUUUUGGCUCACAUUUUGCAAAAUGGCGACGUCCCUGGGAUCCAACACCUACAAUAGACAGAAUUGGGAAGACGCGGAUUUCCCAAUUCUGUGUCAAACAUGUUUAGGAGAAAACCCGUACAUUCGAAUGACCAAGGAGAAGUAUGGUAAAGAAUGCAAGAUUUGUGCGCGACCAUUUACUGUGUUCCGAUGGUGUCCAGGGACGCGUAUGCGUUUUAAGAAAACAGAGGUCUGUCAGACCUGCAGUAAAAUGAAGAAUGUUUGUCAGACAUGUCUGCUCGAUCUGGAGUUCGGUUUGCCUAUCCAGGUCAGAGACACUGGGCUAUCGGUAAAAGAUGAGGUUCCUAAAUCUGAUGUAAACAAGGAGUACUAUACUCAGAACAUGGAAAGAGAGAUAGCAAAUUCUGAUGGCACACGGCCAGUGGGCCAGUUGGGUAAAGCCCCGAGCUCCAGUGAUAUGUUGCUGAAACUGGCCCGGACCACGCCAUACUACAAGAGGAACCGGCCACACAUCUGCUCCUUCUGGGUGAAGGGAGAGUGUAAGAGAGGGGAGGAAUGUCCCUAUAGGCACGAGAAGCCCACAGAUCCAGACGAUCCUCUGGCCGACCAGAACAUAAAGGACCGUUACUACGGCAUCAAUGACCCAGUGGCGGACAAGCUGCUGAAACGGGCCUCAACAAUGCCCCGCCUGGACCCGCCAGACGACAAGUCCAUCUCCACCCUCUACAUAGGGGGUUUGGGAGAUACCGUCACUGAUGGAGAGCUCAAGAGUCACUUUUACCAGUUUGGGGAGAUCCGCACCAUUACCGUAGUCCAAAGGCAGCAGUGUGCCUUCAUCCAGUUUGCCACCCGACAAGCUGCUGAAAUGGCUGCUGAAAAGUCCUUCAACAAACUGAUCAUUAAUGGACGCAGGCUUACAGUCAAGUGGGGAAGGUCUCAGGCAGCAAGAGGGAAGGAGGGCAUCAAAGAUGGCGUCAGUGAGAUGGGCACCAGACUUGACCCUGUACCUGGAUUGCCUGGUGCUCUUCCUCCACCACCAUCUUUGGAUGAAGAAGCUCCUGCAAACUACUUUAAUCUGGAGCCUGGCACCUCUCCAUCAGUCAUCAACAUUACUCUGCCCCCACCUCCUGGCAUCAACCCGCCUCCUCCAGGUUUUGGCCCGCCAAUGUUCCACCCCAUGGCUCAUAUGGCUCCACCAAUGCCCCCUCCAAUGAGCAUGAGGCCACCUGGUCAAAUCCACUACCCCUCCCAGGACCCUCAGCGCAUGGGGGCCCAUGCUGCACACGGCUCUCGUCACGGUGAAUGACGUGUGAAGCUCUACUGCGAUUAGGUCUCAUUGUUCUCCUUUCAUCAGACCAAUUCAAUUCAUAUGGUCUCAGUGGACCUGAAACCUGCAGCCUACUUCUUUCUGGAUAACAGUGAUUUAUUAUGCCACCUGCAAUGCUGUGAAGGAAAUAAACCAGCACCAUCUCUGUGUCGAGAGACGACAACUAGGAAAUCACAAGAUGACUUUAUGACUAGUUGCAGUUAAAAUGUGGCUUCGGCAGACUUGAGAGUACCAGCUGAUGUGAUCGGAGCCAUAUUGUUUUAAAGGACUCCUGUGGCUUGAGCGUUGUACAGAUAGAAAUGCAUACUGUCAGUUAAACUUGUAUUUGUCAUACUGUGCAAAAUGGGUAAGAAUCCUGAGCAGCAUUUUUUUAAACUUUCAGUUACUUUUUUAUUUUAUUUGACACAAUCGUAUAUCACAUAGCAUAAUUACUUAGUUUAAUGUAAGGAUUUCUUUCAAUGUUCUUUUCGUGUGUCAUUAAAAUGACUAAAUUUCGUCA